UGGUGUCUAUAAUCAAUUCCUGUGGGGUAUGAGGAUUGCUCCGGUAAACAAAAUUUCUUUAAGCAGCUCCACAGGAAAAAGUCAAAACAUGACAGAUCAGGGGAUGUGGUGGCCACAAUCCUGUUGAAAUGGUCCCUACAUAAAAAGUCCUGUAGCGAAUUCCUGUGAUCAAAAGUAAAUACUUGACCUUCACUAGUUCAACAGCUAUGCACAAGGAAUGAAUAGCCAUCCCUACUCUACCUCCAGUCAUAUAAACAUUAGAAUCAGUAUCUUAACAGUUUUACAAAAAUCAUGCAUUUUCCAAAUAAAACAUUUAGUCCAGGUUAAUGAGCAACGGGUUCUGUUUCAAAUUAAACACUCUGUAUAUUGUGAAUGUGCAUUUUUGUGAUUUGUCAUGUGUGAAUUACAUCAUUUGCUGAUUGAUUGAAGUUCUCUGAUUGAUAUUUGAACCUUGUGAUUUCAGGAACCAUCAUCAGCUGAUAGUGGGAGUGAUUCGUCUGCAGAAGAGGAGGAAGAAGGAAAAAAUGAAGAAAUGGUAGGAGAGGGGAGUGUUAACUGCAAAACUACUUCUAAAAAACUACAUCAAUGUAAAUUCUGUGCAAAAAGCUUCUCUCAGAAUUCUAAUUUGACUGUUCACAUCCGUACUCAUACCAAAGAGAAGCCUUAUCAUUGUACAGUCUGUACAAAAACGUUCUCUCAAUCUGGUUAUCUAACUAUUCACAUGCGUACUCACUCCAAAGAGAAGCUAUUCCAGUGUACAGUCUGCACCAAGAGGUUCUCUGAGUCUGGUACAUUGACUAGGCAUAUGCGUACCCACACCAAAGAGAAGUCAUUCCAGUGUACAGUCUGCACCAAAAGGUUCUCUGUUUCUAGUAGUUUGACAGUUCACAUGCGUACUCACACCAAAGAGAAGCCAUUUCAGUGUACAGUCUGCACCAAAAGGUUCUCUGAGUCUGGUACCUUGACUAAGCAUAUACAUACUCACACCAAAGAGAAGCCUUUCCAGUGUACAGUCUGCACCAAAAGGUUCUCUGUUUCUAGUAGUUUGACAGUUCAUAUGCGUACCCACACCAAAGAGAAGCCAUUUAAGUGUACAGUCUGCACCAAAAGGUUCUCUGAGUCUGGUGCCUUGACUAAGCAUAUGCGUACACACACCAAAGAGAAGCCUUUCCAGUGUACAGUCUGCACCAAAAGGUUCUCUGAGUCUGGUCAUUUAACUGUUCAUAUGCGGACUAUACAAAAGAGAAGCCAUUCCAGUGUACAGUCUGCACUAAAAGGUUCUCUGAGUCUGGUGCCUUGAUUAUGCAUAUGCGUACACACACCAAAGAGAAGCCA